AUGUUUUGUGUUCGCGCGGUCGUCUCGGGGACGUUUGGUGGGGAUGUGCGGGUGAAUUUGUUCGACGUCCGCGCGCUCCGGGUAACAACGCGCAGACGGACGCUCGGGACGCGGAUGAAAAUAUUUUUAGAACGGCAAAGCGCGGAGGUUUCGAUGUCGAGCGAUGAUGCUUCCGAUGACGUCCGAGAGCGUUCGGAUCCGAAUUCGGCGCUCUUCGCGUUCGCGGAUGACGAGUGCCUCGAGCUCGAGGGCGCAAACGAGGCCCGAUUGAUGCGCAUCGAGGAACUCGAGCGCGAGAGACGAGAGCACGUCAAGCGCGCGAAUCUCAUGCGAGAGCACUCGCGAGAGAUGGAGAUGGAGAUGGAGGCGACGCGCGAGCGCGCGAGAGGCGCUCGCACGGCUUGGGAGAGCGAGUCGCACUUGAUCUUGCUCGAUCGCGCAAAUCGCGAGCGGGCAAAGAGCGUCGUGGCACGAUGCGAGGCGAUCAUGGCGACGCAGCAUGAACGGCGGGAUGAAUAUACGAGGCGCGCGGAGGCGUACGAGAGGGCGCUGUCGCGGUUGCAAGCGCGAGCGGGGAACGCAGACGCGCUUCGCGAUCUCGUGCGUGAGCGACUUUUAGAGGACGAACGCGAGUUCGUUGCGCUGAGGACGUACGAAGUGGAAGAUACCAGCUUACUCAAGAAGCUCGAAUUCGAGCUUUGCAAGGUUUCGCGCGCCGUGUACGAGAGUAAGCUUGACAUUGAGGAUGCGACGUCUCUGCGUUUGGCUUCACAAUGCGAGCUACAAAGGGUUAGAAAGUCACUGAAAGACGCGCACGCAAGACACGUAGAUCUAAACGAAACGCUCGCUAGGGCGAACGUCACGCUCAGCGAGCGGAAACGUCUGAGUGAGAAGAUGUUGAACACGAAAGAACAACUGUCUCGCGAGCUCGAUGAGAAGCAAGCAAAUGUUCGAGAGCUAAAUCAAACCGCAAAACGCAUCGAAUUGUUGAAUAAAGGAUCGCAAUCUAAAGUGACAUCGAGGCAAAAAGUACUUCGCCAUAAGACUGAAAAAUGUCAAGAGUUAAAAUCCGAUCUCGUGAGCUCAACGCAGGCGCUCGUCACGGCAACACACAUGCAAGCAGCCUCAGUGCGCGCUGCAGAGAGCGCCAAGGCUCGUCGAUGUGAUAUGGAGGAGAAGUUGAGGGCACACGUCGAAGCUCGAGACGAAAAACAACGCCAAGUGAAGAAAGCACGUCAAGCUCUCGAGGAUGAGCGCGCGUCUUUGAUGACUUCGGAGGAGUGUCUGGAACGCCUGCAACGCGCGCACGACGAAGAGGCGUCGACGCUUGAGGGCGUCCUGAGCGCUCUCGAAGCUGACAAGGCGAGCCUGUUCAACGUUUCGAAAACAUUACGCGAUCAGAAACAAUCGCAGUGUCGAGUAGAGAUCGAGUUCAACGGGGCGAUGCUGCAGAAUAAAAACUUGCAUGAGAAGGAGCAGGUGCUCCAAAUGAACAUCAUGAAGCAGAAGGAGUUCGUCUACACCACUUUGUCGCAGUUGCAGCAGCUCGAACGCAAAACAGCGCGACUCGAAGGCGUGAGAUCGAACGAAGAAAAGGAGCAACUAGAAGCCGUGAUCGAAUCGUUGAAGCGGGAGCUCGAUGAAAGUCGCCGCGAGCACUCGUCGCUUGUUGCGGAGACCAAGGAGGGUAAGCAAAAGGCGGAAUGCGCUCGAAUGGACAUGAACAAUCUCUGUGCGGAAGCAUCCGCCGCCGCUCAGGUGAGAGAGAUCGACAAAAUCAACGCAAAUGGAAGCGAAAGACAAGAGCGGAGCGCCAUCGAUCGCAUGGGGAUAUUACAAGUCCAGCUCGAUGAGUUGCGCCUUCAAAUCGCUCGUCGACAUCGAGUGCUCUUCUUGAGCUCUGGCCAAAUGCGAGAAAUCGUCGAACGUAAGACGGAAAUGAUGGCUGCAUCAAAAACGCAACACAUAUCGCUCAGCGAAGACCGCAGAUCGCUCCUCGCUCGAGUGACCAUCCUUCGCCAAGACGUGCACGCGGCAGUUAUGGAUAUGAGGCGUCGCGAGCAACGCUUGGAGCAUCUUCGCAAUCGUUACAACGUCGUGCGAGCGAAAUCACCGCACGGCGAUAUCAUCGAGAUUGAAGACCAAGAGGAUUGUGUCAUCAUCAUCGAAAGACAGCGCGACCAUCUGGCGAUAGAGCGAGCAGAGCUGAGUGAGCUCAUUGAUCGGGCGGAGAGCGAAGUCGCGUCGAUGCAAAAGAUUCUUCAAGACGCCGAAAGAUCAAACUCAGAUCUUCGCGCGUCAUUGACGCACGCGCACGAUGAGAGCGAGGCGUCGAGAGGUGAGUGGAAGAAGACUGAGGCGUUGCUGGCAAAGCUACAGGUUGUAAACGAUGGCUUGGCGCGUCUCAGAGAGCGCGAGGAGCAUCUCACGGAUGCUCUGUCUCAUCUCAAGGAGACGCUCAAGGUCGCCGUGGACGAACACAACGCGCUGUCGAGCGACAUUCAGGAGGCGCAGUGUGCUUAUGACGCGGCGAUGCGCAAGUACAAAUCGCAAAAGUCAAAGCUUCGUCGUGCGCGAUCGAAUGCCGAGAGCGCCGUCGCCGCGCACCGCGCCGCCCGCGGUUUCAUCCCUGGUGAUCCAGCCACGGUGAUCGAGCUCCGCAUUCGAGCGCACCGACUCAGCGAGACGAUUCGAAAGGCUUCGGAGAUCGUGAACUCGUCGUCGACGCUCAAGACGGUGGUUUGUGACUUGGAUGCCGAAUCGUCGCUCGCGCUCAGCCCGACGAGUUCGCUCACAUCCUUCUUCACUCUCGCCUCUUCGGCGACGCGCUCGACAGCGCCGAGCUCCAUCGCGAGCGACUCUUUGGACUCAAUCCUAUCUCUGAGGAUCAGCGCUUGUUCAUCGUAG